AUGCAAGACCAGAAGAUGAUGGAGUCCAAGGAGAUAUCGACCGGUCCUAUCACCGAGGUCUCCUCGCAGGAUGAGGACAAACUCGGAACCGUGGAGUCCUUCGAAGAAACUGCCAACCGCCAUGGAGACCAAUUUAUGGGAAAAUACCGUCGCUCGUUCCGUUCUCGCCACAUCCAGAUCGUGACCUUAGGCAGUAACAUCGGUUCUGGUCUGUUCAUCUCGACGGGAAAAGCUCUCCGAAAUGCCGGUCCUGGAAACAUGAUUAUUGGGUACACAGUGGUGAUGACCAUGGUCGUUGCAACUCUUCAAUGCUUGACCGAAAUGACUGUGGCCUUUCCUGUCAGUGGAAGUCUUAUCGACUACGCAGACCGUUUCAUCGAUCCCGCCCUGGCCUUUGGAAUUGGAUUCGGCGAGUGGCUAGCCUGGACGACCGUCCUAGCUGCUGAAGGAGCGGCCUUCAAUGUCAUCAUUCAAUACUGGACAGAUGCGGUCCCUGUGGCUGUGUGGAUGACCAUGAUCAUUAUCAUUACCUUUGGUAUUCACGCCUGCCCAAACAGAGUGUUCGCAGAAGUUCAAUACGUCGUUUCCGUCCUGAAAGUCUUCAUCCUACUACUUUUCAUUGCGACGAGUUGUGCCAUGAUCUCUGGUGCUGGUCCAACAGGAAAGGUCCAUGACGGCGAGUACUGGCGUGAUCUUCCGGCGUUUUUGCACGGUGUAAAGGGUACCAGUCUCUGCGCCAUCUACGCGGUGUGGGGAGUAGGUGAGCAGCUUUAUGUUGGGAUCAUGGGUGGGGAGACCAAGAACCCAAGGCAUACGAUGCCACGAGCUGUAAAGAGCGUGGGCGUUCGUGUGUUCUUCUUCUUCUUGCUUAUCGUCAUCUUCAUCACGCUGCUUGUCCCUGAGAAUGACCCUCGCUUGUUGGGUGGAUCCGGCAUAAACGCAUCGCCGCUUGUCAUCGCCCUCAAUGACGCCGGCAUCAAAGGCAUCCCCGAGAUCCUUAAUGCUGCCUUCCUCGUCAUUUCGGCCACCGGCGGCCUGGAGCCCCUUUACAUCGCAUCUCGCGUCAUGCGGCACAUGGCUCUGUCAGGCCAACUGCCCAAGAAGCUGGCACAGGUAGACAACAAGGGUCGUCCGACCUGGGCUCUGUUUGUGACCUCCAUCUUCACCAUUACCUUUACAUACAUCAACUGCAGCUCCACGGGCUCCGUCAUCUUCACCUGGUUUUCCAGCAUUUCCUCGACCAUCUUCAUGAUGGCCUGGAUUGUGUUGGCCUUAUGUAGCUUUCGGUUUCACGCUGCAAUUAAGGCCCAAGGCAGCAAACUUUUGGAAGGAAAGUACGCCUAUCGUGCGGUCCUCUGGCCACUCGGACCUCUCUUCCUGGGCGUGGGCGCGUUUCUGGUCCUGGUUGGCUUAUUCGCGGCGGCCUUGUAUCCUGUCGAUGGCAAAGCACUCGACGCCGAGGCUUUCUUCCAAACAUACCUAGGUGUUCCGGUUGUUGUGGUCGCCAUUAUCGGCUACAAGCUGAUCUUCCGCACCAAGAUUCGGCGUGCCAGUGAGAUCGACCUUGUCACCGGACACCGGCCGUUGACCGAGGAGGAUGAGGCCUUCUUGGACCAGUACUACGCUCAGCCCAUGUGGAAGCGAAUCUGGAGUUAUGUCACGACCAGCGACCGGUAA